AUGGAAGAUGGUAUUGAGCUUGUUUUCGUUCCAGCCCCUGCAAUGGGUCACCUUGGCUCUGCAGUAGGAACAGCGAAGCUCCUACUGGAAAGACAACCUCAGCUCUGUAUCACUGUCUUACUCAUGAAGAAUCCUCUCCUUCCCGGUUCCAAGAUUAAUUCUUUCAUCGAUUCUUUGAUUGCCGAUGAGAAGGAUGUUAACCCUAGAUUGAAGCUCAUACUAUUGCCUGAUGACCUGGAUGCUUUGAAGAGGCACACUGACAUGCUUUCCAUCUUCCAUGCCUACUACGAUUAUCAUAAGACUAAAGCCAGAGAGUACCUUAAUGAAAUCCACAAGUCUUCAACGGCUUCUGUGAGGCGGCCGCGGCUAGCGGGAUUUGUUGUGGACUUUAUGUUUAUCCACAUGACGGAUGUGGCUGAGGAGUUUGGGGUCCCCACCUACGUGUUCUACGCUCCGGGUGCUGCUAUGCUCGGCCUUCACUUCUAUAUCAACGCUCUCAAAGAAGACCAUGGCAAAGAUCCCGCGGAGUUUAAGGAUUCCGACCCUGAUCUCAAUGUCCCUGCAUAUUCCGUACCCUUUCCGGUGAAGUUACUGCCCAGCUUUGAGUGGGACACAAAGGGGGAAUUCUUGAGCUAUGCCGGACGAAUCCGACACAAGGUCAAAGGCAUCCUUGUCAACACCUUCUUCGACCUUGAGUCGCAUGCCAUUGAAUCUUUAUCUAAAGACAGCACCCUCCCGCCCGUCUAUCCUGUGGGACCCAUAUUAAACCUGCACGGUCAUCCCAAGUAUCAAGAAUCCGGGAAGCAAAUUUUGAAAUGGUUGGAUGACCAACCAGUUUCAUCGGUUGUAUUCCUUUGCUUCGGAAGCGGCACUACUUUUCCCGAGCCUCAAUUGAAGGAGAUAGCCUACGCACUUGAGCGUAGCGGUCAAAGGUUCUUAUGGGCCUUGAGGAGACCACCUUCUCUAAGUUCACCGGUCCCUACCGAGUAUACCAAUCCUGAAGAGGUAUUGCCGGAAGGAUUCUUGGAGAGAACUAAAAGCAUUGGAAAACUUAUAGGAUGGGCACCCCAAAGUGCAGUUCUAGCCCAUCCUGCUGUGGGAGGAUUCGUGUCUCAUUGCGGAUGGAAUUCAAGUUUGGAGAGCAUUUGGUUCGGAGUUCCCGUAGCAACCUGGCCAAUGAAUGCAGAGCAACAAGCAAACGCGUUCCAAUUGGUGAGUGAGAUUGGAAUAGCUGUGGAAAUUAAGAUGGAUUACAAACUUGAACGAAGAGAUCCCAAGAUGAAUAUUGAAAUUGUGAAUGCAAAAGAUAUAGAAAUGGGAAUCAGACGUCUCAUGGAUCACUCUACUUCCAAUUCUAUCAGGGCAAAGGCUAAAGAAGUUAAAGAAAAAAGUAGGAAGGCACUGGAGGAGGGUGGUUCGUCCUUGAAUUUUAUUGAAAGUUUUUUUGAAAAUGUCAUGAACAAUCUUAAUUUAGUGAUCAAAGAAUGAAGAAUAAGAAGAAAUGGUGUCGUCGUAAUAA